AUGGACUUUCUGCCGCUGAAGUUCGAAAAAUUAGUAAGUUUGAUUUUACAGGGAAAAACCAACUAUUCACAACAGGGUUUUAUGAAAAGAAGACCCGAGUUGUCACUACGUGCAGCUGAAGCGACUAGUCUGGCAAGAGCAACAGCAUUCAAUAAAUAUAAUGUCAGUGAAUUCUUCAAAAAUCUUCACAAGGUUCGUGCAAGGCAUAACUUUGGUCCGGAGAACAUAUACAAUGUAGAUGAAACUGGACUCACAACUGAUACAGUAAAAAAAACAAAAGCCAUGUCAAGCGUUGAUUAUCUUGGAACACUAGAAAGUGAUGACAGUGAUGGUGAUGCAAGCAAUCCUCAGUUGACAGCAGAAGGCCCAAGUCUGGACUACGACUGUUCUGCAUUAAAAAAUAAUGACUAUGUUGUAGUAAAAUUUAAAACUAAAAAGAAAGUUAUUCAUUACAUUGGCCAAAUAAUAUCGGAAGCUGGAGAUUUAAUGGUAAAAUACUUGAAAAGGGAAAAGAUGUCAUCAUUCAACUUUAUCUGUAGAAAUGCUGAAUUAUAUCAAUUUAUAAAAGAGGACAUUGUUUGUAAAGUUCCAGAUCCAAUUCAGCAUGGUGGGACUGCUCGAGUCAGUCGUCACUUGGUUUUUCCCGUUGAUUUGACAAUUUUUAAAGAUCUUAAUUAA